CGGCUCCUUGCCAACCACUUUCAGGUGCAGAUUCCCAAGAUUGAUGUCUAUCACUAUGAUAUCGACAUCAAGCCUGAGAAACGGCCUCGGAGGGUCAACAGGGAGGUGGUGGACACCAUGGUGCGGCACUUCAAGAUGCAGAUCUUUGGAGACCGACAGCCUGGCUACGAUGGGAAGAGGAACAUGUACACAGCACAUCCACUGCCAAUAGGGAGAGACAGGGUGGAUCUGGAGGUGACCCUGCCUGGCGAGGGGAAGGAUCAGACGUUCAAGGUGUCCUUGCAGUGGGUGUCUGUGGUCAGUCUUCAGAUGCUGCUGGAAGCCCUGUCAGGCCACCUUAACGAGGUCCCCGAAGACUCUGUCCAGGCUCUGGAUGUCAUCACACGGCAUCUGCCUUCCAUGAGGUACACUCCAGUGGGGCGUUCGUUUUUCUCCCCUCCGGAGGGCUAUUACCAUCCUCUUGGUGGAGGUCGGGAGGUGUGGUUUGGUUUCCAUCAGUCUGUCCGUCCUGCCAUGUGGAACAUGAUGCUCAACAUCGAUGUGUCAGCCACUGCUUUCUACCGUGCUCAGCCUGUGAUAGAGUUCAUGUGCGAGGUGCUCGAUAUCCAGAACAUCAACGAACAGACCAAACCACUGACGGACUCGCAGCGUGUCAAAUUCACUAAGGAAAUAAGAGGCUUGAAAGUUGAGGUCACACAUUGUGGUCAGAUGAAGAGGAAGUAUCGUGUGUGUAAUGUCACUCGCCGACCUGCCAGCCACCAAACGUUCCCCUUACAGCUUGAGAACGGCCAAGCCAUGGAGUGCACAGUAGCUCAGUAUUUCAAGCAGAAGUACAACCUGCAGCUCAAGUAUCCACAUUUACCUUGUCUGCAAGUGGGGCAGGAACAGAAGCACACCUAUCUUCCCCUGGAGGUCUGUAACAUUGUAGCAGGCCAGCGCUGUAUCAAGAAACUGACAGACAACCAAACAUCCACGAUGAUUAAAGCUACAGCUCGUUCAGCCCCCGACAGACAAGAGGAGAUCAGCAGACUGGUCAAAAGCAACAGCAUGGUCGGGGGCCCAGACCCUUACCUGAAGGAGUUUGGCAUUGUGGUGCACAAUGACAUGACAGAGGUGACAGGGCGUGUUCUCCCAGCGCCCAUGCUGCAGUAUGGGGGCCGGGUGAGUACAGACACAGGGAGGGACUGUGGCAGGGGACUCUCUCCACAGAAUAAAACCGUGGCCACGCCCAACCAGGGCGUGUGGGACAUGAGAGGGAAGCAGUUCUACGCUGGCAUCGAGAUCAAGGUCUGGGCUGUGGCCUGCUUCGCCCCACAGAAACAGUGUCGGGAAGACCUGCUCAAGAGCUUCACUGACCAGCUGCGAAAGAUCUCAAAGGAUGCUGGGAUGCCCAUUCAAGGCCAGCCUUGUUUCUGUAAAUACGCCCAAGGAGCUGACAGUGUGGAGCCCAUGUUCAAACACCUCAAAAUGUCUUAUGUUGGUCUGCAGCUGAUUGUGGUCAUUCUGCCCGGAAAAACACCCGUCUAUGCUGAAGUGAAGCGGGUGGGCGACACCCUCCUCGGCAUGGCCACCCAGUGCGUGCAGGUGAAGAACGUAGUGAAGACGUCCCCUCAGACCCUCUCCAACCUCUGCCUAAAGAUCAACGCCAAGCUGGGAGGCAUCAACAACGUCCUGGUGCCUCAUCAGAGGCCCUCUGUGUUCCAGCAGCCGGUCAUCUUCUUAGGUGCUGAUGUGACACAUCCUCCAGCAGGUGAUGGGAAGAAGCCGUCCAUCGCGGCUGUGGUGGGCAGCAUGGACGGCCACCCCAGCAGAUACUGCGCGACAGUGCGUGUCCAGACGUCUCGACAAGACAUGUCCCAGGUAACGUCUCGACAGGACAUGUCCCAGGAGCAGCUCUUCAGCCAGGAGGUCAUCCAAGACUUGACCAACAUGGUGCGGGAGCUGCUCAUCCAGUUCUACAAGUCCACACGCUUCAAGCCCACACGCAUCAUCUACUACCGUGGCGGCGUGUCUGAGGGACAGAUGAAACAGGUGGCGUGGCCAGAGCUCAUAGCCAUCCGCAAGGCAUGUAUCAGUCUGGAGGAGGAUUACAGGCCGGGCAUUACCUACAUCGUGGUCCAGAAACGUCACCACACUCGUCUCUUCUGCUCUGACAAAGCUGAGCGGGUUGGGAAGAGCGGUAAUGUCCCAGCCGGCACCACAGUGGACAGUACCAUCACACACCCGUCCGAGUUCGACUUCUACCUGUGCAGCCAUGCUGGGAUUCAGGGAACCAGUCGCCCCUCCCACUAUCACGUCCUGUGGGAUGACAACUGUUUCACGGCCGAUGAACUGCAGCUCCUCACCUACCAGCUGUGCCACACCUACGUCCGCUGCACUCGCUCCGUCUCCAUCCCAGCACCAGCCUACUACGCCAGGCUAGUGGCUUUCCGAGCCCGCUACCACCUGGUGGACAAAGACCAUGACAGCGCUGAAGGCAGCCAUGUGUCGGGCCAGAGUAACGGCCGGGACCCCCAGGCGUUGGCCAAGGCAGUUCAGAUCCACUAUGACACCCAGCACACCAUGUACUUCGCCUGAACUAGCGAGCACGUCAGCCAGUCCAUCCGCGGAUUCCCC